UACGGGUCCACUUUCUCUUUUACCCAAAGAAUCUCUCUACGCGCUUCCCCCUCAUGGCGCUUGACCCCCCUCUCUUGUUUUUCUUUGUUUUCUUACUCAGUCGAAAAUAUUCUCAUCAAACUCUUCUCUCUUUUUUUUGUUUUUUGAAAAAUCAUUUUUUUUGUUACUCUUUUUUUCUCUUUCUCUCUGAGAGGGAGAGAAGAAGAUGAAGGCACCGAACAUGGAGACCAUAACGAAAUCUCUGGAAAAAUCUAUGCAGAAUAUUUCUCUGAAAGAUCGGAGAAGAAGAGUAGGAAGAUCGGCGGCUACAAUGGAAGAGAGAAUCAACGAACAUAUUCCUCCGAUCUCAGAUAGAACAUUGGAGCUCAAUUCUCACUUAUCUCUUCCUUGUCACUGGGAACAAUGUCUUGAUCUCAAGACAGGAGAAAUCUACUACAUAAACUGGAAAAAUGGAAUGAGAGUGAAAGAGGAUCCAAGGAAAGUGAUGAUGAAUGAAGACAAUGACAGUGGAGAAUCAUAUGGGACACUGUGCUCUGAAGAAGAUAGCUCAUAUUACGACAGUGAGGAGUCUUCAUCAGAGUCAUCUCCAUCAUCAAGAGAGAAUCAUAAAGAGGAAGAGGAUCAAGAAGAAGAUGUGCUUGUUGUUGCUGGAUGCAACGCUUGUUUCAUGUACUUCAUGGUUCCUAAGAUUGUUGAGGACUGUCCUAAAUGUGCUGCACAGCUUCUUCACUUUGAUUGACCUCAUUCUGCUUCUCCUUGAAACAUAUCUCCUUAAUUUCACUUGUUCAUUUUCUAUUCUCGUUUAUAUGAAAUGUUUUUUUUAUCUG